UCCCUAACUUGUCCCGCGUGCCUGCCUGCCAAGUAGGUUUUUGAUACGCCGUGCUCGUGAUUCAAGUCAACAUCUAUCAGUGCAAAGACGCCUCGCGAGGAAACCCCGUCUCAGCCCGACACUCUUAAGUGCUCCCUUCGUUUUUCCAAAGCAAAAACGGCAUCGCCCCGUGAAAUCUUGUACUCGAUCAAUGUUCCCGUCAAGUUGAUGCUUCCAGUUAUCGCUGGCGUAAGGGCAGCGCAACUAAUCUAUUCGUACUGGACCUCUCCGGCAAAUGAGGGAGAGGCGGUGAGUUCCGAGGAAGGAGGAGGGACGUCCGAGGGUGCACCCGUGCUGCACGUGGACUCGCCAGUGUGCCAAGUCCAAGAGGGUGAGACCGCAACCCUAGCGAUUCAAGUGACCGGCGGCCGGCCGAUCGAACUCUGCUGGUCGCGUGGCAGUGAAGAUUUAGUGGUCGACGAUCGCUACCAACUUGCCGAAAACAAUAACUUGGUGCAGCUGGCCGUGCAGCGCGCUCGCACCGACGACACAGGUUUCUACUCGCUCCUGGCCAAGAACGCGGCCGGCCAGGCUAGUGCCACACUGGAGCUUAAGGUGGAUUCGCCCGUUUCGGCGAAACGAAGGAGAGGCGAUGGAACACCUCCCCAAUUCGUGCGAAGUCUCAACGACCUCGCGGUCAAGGUGGGCACCAGGACACGCCUGCUGGUGGAAGUGCGUGGAGCGAGCAAGAUAACCUGGUACCACGACGAAGUGGACGCAGGCGAUGGAGGCGGACGUUACGCUCCCCUCGUCGAGGGCAACUUCUGCUGCCUGGACAUUAGCCCAGUCUUUUCAGACGACGGUGGCCUUUGGACUUGCAGGGCUUUUGCCGAAAGCGGCACCUACUCGGAAUGCUCGGCCUACCUAAACGUUUUAACUCCAAAGGCUUACAAACCACCUGAGUUCAUCGAAGAACUGCAAGCCAUCCUGACCGAGCAGGGCACGGUCUCGCUCGAAUGCAAAGUGGUCGGAGUGCCAACCCCCGUGCUUCGCUGGUUCAAGGAUGGCCACGAAAUCAAGGCCGGCGACGUCUUUGCGCUCACUGCCUCCCCCGACGACCCCACGUCCCUUGGUACUUACACAUGCGAGGCCACCAACUGCAUGGGCAGGACCUACUCCAGCUCAAGGGUGCACGUCCUGGGCACCAACAAGUCCUCCUCGGCCUCCACUGAAAGCAUAAAUUUCGGCGGAUCGCCACCAGUUUUCACUGAAGAGCUGCAUGCCGAGAAAGUGAAACUAGGCGACCCUACAACUAUAACUUGCAGAGUUCGAGUUCCCCCAUGGCCGAAAGAGGUUGUUUGGUACAACAGCUAUGGUCGAGUGGCCUCCCUGAACUCCUCGGCCCCAGGCACCCUUGAAAAGUACCGCGCUAUCGAGGAUGGCUUGGGCCGCUUCACGCUGCAGGUUUCAUCAACAGAGCUAACCGAUCAGGGCGAGUGGAAGUGUGUGGUCACGACCCCUGACGGCUCCAAGACCAUGAGCUGCACAACCUUAAACGUGAUAAUACCAAAAAACUACAGAAAGCCAAGAUUCUUGGACCCCCUAAAGGCAAUUUUGACUGAGGAGGGACUCGUUUCCUUUGAGUGCAAGGUCGUGGGGUUCCCUACGCCGCAACUCCGGUGGUUCAAAGACGGCCAGGAGCUUAGGCCGGGCGACGUUUACCAGCUGUCUGGAACCAACUCUCUCGGCUCGUAUUCAUGCAUAGCGGUCAACUGCAUGGGAGAAGCGAGCAGUGGGGCCGAACUGACCGUCGAAGACAUUCAGAGUCAAUUAAGUGACGACGAAAAGAAGCAGCUGCUGGCAGCGAAUCAGCCGCCGCGAUUUAUUAGAGGCCUCAAAAGUUGCGAGGCUCGCAUACUUGAACCUUUCAGAUUGUCCAUCCAAGUGACUGUCACACCGGAGCCGAAAGUGGCCUGGUAUCGAGAUGACGAAAUCAUUGAGAGCGGUGGCCGGUACAAAGCCAACAAAGACAACGCAGCUACCUACAGUCUUUCUGUUGACAAAUUAGAAAUAGUUGACCAAGCUGAGUGGAAAUGCAUAGCAACGAACGAUUUUGGCCAAAGUGUGACCUCCUGCUUCCUGAAACUUGUAAUUCCCAGGCAUUUUAAGAAACCACGCUUUCUAGAAAAUUUAAGAGCAAUCCUUUCUGAAGAGGGUGCAGUAAAUCUAGAAUGCAAAGUCAUAGGUGUUCCACAGCCAAUUUUAAAAUGGUAUAAAGACGGAAUGGAGCUAAAACCAGGUGAUAUUCAUCGAAUAAUAUCUGGUCAGGAUGGCACCUGCUGUUUAGGCACCUACACUUGUGAGGCUAACAACUGCAUGGGAACCGUUUCAAGCUCUGCAUCUCUCCUAGGAUUUGACGAAAAAAUGAAACAAGAAAAGGAAGCCGAUGCUAAAAAAACAUCUCAGAAUGUGCCUCAAUUGGCUCUGACGGGAACGCCGGCGACCAGCGGCCACAAAAUUACCCGAGAUCCGUCUUUGUCCACUAUUCAAGAAGAGAGGACGUCACAGAUGAUUGAUCAUAAUGCGAACGACAGGUCCAUAGCAAACACGUUGGCAGACGAAGAAAGAGGCGAAGUUUCAUUCUCGUUUGACGGCCGAGAAGUGUCAGUUUCUCUUUAUGAGACGCCCGACCUUACCGAAGAGGAGGCUUUGCAGAUCGUGGAAAUGUACGCUGACAAGUUGUCUGAACACGUAUCUGAGCACAAUAUUGUCGAACUUCCAUCACUACGCUUUGUCAAGGAAACGUCAACCUCUGGCAAGCUGGUCAUGGAAGCUGUCGUCAUAGAUGUGACUGAUGAAAAUUUCGAGAGCGCUCUUGCAGCCAAUGCAGCUAUGGAUGAUGACAAAACGGAGGACGAUUUUGACAACUUGUCCAUCACUGACGAUAUUCCAGAGGGAAUUCUUCCUCAGGACAAAUUCACGACUGAGUUUAUAGAAAGAGCAUUUAACCAGCCUGGCGAUGAAGCCCCAAAAGCACCUCCGAGACAAAAGAGGUCAGCGACCUCCACUCCGAGGCCUGAGUCCCAAAAUGAGCAAGUCAAAAGUUCCGAGGAUUCUUUCUACAGCGUGGCACAAAAACAAUCAAAAAGCCAGGCGGAUGACCACAGCUCAUCGUCACAGCCAAAGUCGGAGUCCUACGCCUCAGCGCGGGACACAGAAUCUUCUGGCAAAAAGAAGCCAUCGAAAAAGAACGACGAACCAGCAUUCCAAGUUGCGGCUAUUGAAGUUUCCAAAUCAGCAGAUAGCAGCCUUAAAGAGGACCUUUCGUCCGCAAGCAAAGAAGGUAAAUCGAAGGCCAAAAAGUCCCGCUCUAGAUCAUCUUCCCUGGAGAAACACAAGAAACGUAAAACGAGAAAGAGCAAAUCUCCUGGCUCCGUCGGAUCGCAGUCGUCAGACAAAGAUGACGAAAAACAGAAAAUUGAAAUUGCAAAAAUCGAUUCCACAAUUAACUUGCUGGAGAAAUCAAAGAAACUGCAAGAGGGACUUGCAACUAUUGAAUUGCAAACGGCGUUGGACAUUUCUGCACAAAAGCAGAUGCCCGCCCAGUUUGCUAACACAGCCAAAAAGUUGCAAAUUGAAAUUGCUGCGAUUGAAAAAGAUAUUGAGAAGAGCGGUUCGCCAGCAACAGAAAAUCUACAAAAACUGGCAGAAACUGCUAAUCAAUUUAAUGCAGAUCUUAGCGAAGCACCGAAACCCAGUGGGCUGCUUGCGAAGACAUUUGAUAUUAUUGUUUCAACAACAAAAGAAUUUUGUCAAGAUGUAGCGCAAGCAAUUCAGGUAGUUGUCAUAGAUCCAGUCAUCAAUGUUCAAGAAGUAGAGCAAACGAGUACUUUUGAAGACCUUCAGAGAGGACUCAUGGAGGUUGCCCGGCAACUAAGCCCUGAAGCGCCAGAGAUUCAGUCAGAGUAUCACCUAAAGAAACCACCUCAACUGGUGAAACAACUCUCAGGAGAAAAACCUCUACUCGUCUUGGCUGAAUCGACUAGAAAUAUUAAGAAAGCUGUGAUGGAGAAACAGUCAUCCCUUGAAUCGGAGCACAGCAUUGACCUUGAACAGGUGAACAGAAUAGAAGCUUUGUCACAAUGCAACAAAACAUUUGAGCUUGCACUCGAAUUCAUUGAGAAACAUUCCAAUUACGAAUUUGAAAAUGCUGCUGACCAACCAGCAGUUGCCGUUGCUGUCGCUCAGUGCAGCAGAGAGCUGCACAAAGCGAUUCAAUUGAUUGAGGAGCAAGCAGCUUUGGAGAAAUCGGUAACAAACGAGGCUACUGAACUGCAAACACUGGUAGAGUCCGCACGCGAGCUCCAGGAAGCUUUGCUUCAGGUAGAAAUGGAUAUGCAGAUUCAGCCUGAAUUCUACGGCGAUGAGAGGUUCGAAAAUGUCUUAUCUGAAAAUGACAUAAAAACCAUGAGUAUAUCUGAAUUGAAUCAAGCUAUGGCAAUGCAAAUUGAACCAGAAGCGAAUCCUCCAAUUGUUUUUUAUCAGAACACAGCAUUAGAAAUGGAACCUAAAUCUUUUGCUGCUACUGAAAUUCUAAGUGCAGAGGGCGCUCAAAGUCAGGAAGCCAUUACGAAAGCUAUUGCAACCGCUUCUGAAAACCAAGCACUAGAUGCUGGAACAGGUAUCAGCAUGUCCUAUAAAGAUGAUAGAACUGUUGCCGCUGAAAAAGAAGUUUCGGUGGUAAAAGAAACAGCUACUGCCGCAUCACAAGAAGCUCUCCAUUCGACUAAACCAACUCCAGAGUCAACAGUUGCACAAGUAGCAAAGGCUAGCGAGGUUAUUGAACCUUGCCUUCCUACAAGUGUGCAGGAUGUUAAAAUGGUGAUGGAGGAGAGAGAAUUAUCCAUAUCAGAAAUCCAACCGACUGUUGCAACUAAAAAUGUUGAGAGUUGUUUAGAAGUUGGAACUAAAAAUAUAUCAAUUGCUUUAGAAGAACGGGACGAGUCAAUUGUAUCAGAGCAACGACCGAUAACGGCAACAGCAAGCCAAAAAAUUGAAUCUUUUCUGGAAAUUGGUGUGCAGAGCGCAGAAACUGCAUUAGAAGAGCGGGAUGCCUCGAUUUCUACACCAGCACAGGAUCAAAAAGCAUCAGCAACUGGAUCCAUAGAACCCUGUCUAGCCACAGGCGUGCAAAACCAGGAUGCUGUCUUUGAGGAGCGCGAUGUGUCAAUUUCUGAGAAAAGGGCAUUCACUGCUCAAGCUUCUCAAAAUAUUGAACCCCAUUUGCAAUCGGCCGUUCAGUCUCACGAGACUGCUCUUGAAGACAGGGAUGUAUCAAUUGCAUCAACUGAAGACCAGGGAAUAACAAAAGCCGUGGAGAGCAUUGAACCUUGUUUGCAGACGGGUCUCAAGUUAGCCGAGACUGUUUUGGAAGAGAGAGAUGCAUCAAUAAAAUCUGAAUUUGCCCUAACUCCAGCUAAAGCAACGCAAAGCCUCGAAAUGUGUCUUCAAACUGGGGUGCAAGAUGUUGCAACUGUUUUUGAAGAGCGAGAUGUGUCAACUACGUCAGGGAGUAAAAUAAAGCUUGAAAAAGCAGUCAAAACUGUAGAAGAAGGCUUCAUGAUUGGCGUAGUUGCUCAAGAACCAAUCCUUGCAGAACAAGAGGCAUCGAUCUCAACCCAAUCUGGCGUGUCCAGCCUUGAAACGUUGGCCCAAUCGGUUGAAGAGUUCCACCGAGGAGUUGCUACAAUUCAACAGCAAGUAAUUUUGGACGCAAAUUUAGAAAGCAUGUCUGAGCAUACCUCUAUAUCUCAGCUAAAGGCGCUGGCAAAGUCAGCUAAUAUUUUUCACAAUCAUCUUAUACACGUUGAAGAGCAAAUAGUCCUGGAAAGUCAAAACAUAACGCCUGACGAAAUUGCUCUGUCAGCACUUGCUGAGGCAAAAUUGGCUUUUGAAUGUGGGAUUGCUCUAAUUGAACAGCAAAUCGUCAUGGAGGGUUGUGACAAAACUAUAUCCGAGGAAAAUCGAUUGGAUACACUUGCUCAGUCUGCUAGAGAGUUCCAAAGAGGUCUUUUGCUUAUCGAAAAGCAAGUCGUUUUGGAAACAGGGACUGAUUUGGAGCAAAAGGAAACAACGAAUAGAUCAGCUUUAGCUACAAACCUGCAAGAAAUGCAAAAAGGACUGGCGUUUAUUGAACAAAACAUUGUUUUGCACGACAGUCAAGAUGUUACCACAAUGACUUCGGAAGCUUUUACCACAGCUGCUGAGUCAUAUGAGCUCAAAGGUCUUGAUUAUGAUGUGAAUCCGCAAUUACAAAUUGCUGAGCCGCACUCCGAAGAUAGCAGUCUUGCUGACGUUGUGUCAAUGGAUGAUAGGAGCUCAACCAGUCAUUUUAGUUUGGCGCAAGAGAAGGAAGUGCUCAAGGACGACGACAGCGUUGCUUCGAUCUUGGCUUCUCAGCAGAAGUCCGUCGGAGAAAAUGUGUUCUCCAUUCUCGAGGAAGAACUCAGCGACUCGCAAGGUAAAGCGGAAGCCGGUGAAAAGGAAGGUCAAGACGAAAUAAACGAACCAGCAGAAGCUCGGUCUCCUUCGUCACUCCAAAGAGAGCUAGAAAUUUCAACUGAAGAUUUGGUUCCGUCAGAGUCCUUUAAAGAAUACAAGGAGAUGCUUUAUCGAGAGCGUCUCAGCAAAAGCACCAACGUCAACCUGCAACGGCUUCUCGACAUGUAUCCCGAGGAUGUUGCACUGAAAAUUGCAAAGGAAAAAGAAGAAGCUGAUGAAGCUGCUCAGAGAGCACGAGAAAUGGCCCUAGAAAGACUUAUCGAGAAACGCGAGCAGAAAGAGGUUGAAAUGUUGAAGGCACGAAGCAGCGAGUCACUAGCUCGCUCAACUGAGGACGUACGGGGCUCUAGGACCAGUCUGCAUAGUAUGACAGAAGACCCGGAGACGCCUAUCAGGCCAGACAGAAAAAGUGAAGAACCAUACCAUGUUGAUUCUGAAGAAAAAAUGAUUGUUGAUGAUAAUGAUGAUGAAGUUUUCAUUUCUCCAGAAGUUAGCAUGAAGUCAAUGAAAGACGAAGCUUGCUUGGCAACACAAAUUGAAGAGAUUAAAAAUCAGACUGAUGAGGUGCGCAAAGUAUUACCAGAACGAAAGGACACAGAAAUAGGAGAAAGUAAAGAAGAAAAAAGUGUGGAGACUGAAAUUUUAUCAAAAAAAUCGGACGAAAAGAUCCCGAAGGACGAGGAAAAGGUAAUAAUCCAGCAGGAGGAAGCGCGAAAAGAACAAGAAGUGGCCGAUCUUAAUGCUAGACAGGCCGCUGAAAAGAAAGCGAAGGAGGAAAGAGAGAUUAAAGCACAAAGGGAAAAUGAAGAAGAGAAGCUAAAGGCUAAAUUGGUGUCCGAAAAGAAACAAAAAGAGGAGGCUGAGUUGAAGGUGAAACAGGAAACGGAAAGAAAGGAGCGGGAGAUUAAAGAAAAAGAGGAGGCUGAAAUUCGGGCGAAAAAAGAUGCUGAACAGAAAGCAAACGAGGAGAAAGAGUCGAAGGCCAAGUUAGAGAAAGAAAAGAAAGAGAAAGAAGAGGUUGAAAUACAGGCUAAAAAAGAGGCUGAAAAGAGAGCCAAAGAAGAAAUGGAAUUGAAGGCAAAAUUAGAAAGGGAAAAGAAAGAAAAAGCGGAGGCUGAAAUAAAAGCCAAAAAAGAUGCAGAAAAGAAAGCUAAGGAAGAGGCAGAACGAAAGGCCAAAGAAGAAAAACAGCUUAAAGCUAAGGAGGAAAAAGAGAGAAAGGAGAAAGAGGAGGCUGAAAUUAAAGCUAAAAAAGAGGCUGAAAAGAAAGCCAAAGAGGAAGCCGAAAGGAAAGCAAAGGAGGAAAAAGAAUUGAAAGUCAAACAGGAAAAAGAAAGGAAAGAAAAGGAGGAGGCCGAGAAAAAAGCUAAAUUAGAAGCGGAAAAGAAGGCUAAAGAAGAAAAGGUUAGAUUAGAGAAAGAACAUAAGGAAUGGGAAGAAGCAGAGCUUAAAGCAAAGAAGGAAGCUGAAAAGAGAGCUAAGGAAGAGGCUGAAAAGAAAGCCAAGGAGGAGAAAGAAUUGAAGGCUAAACAAGAAAAGGAAAAGAAGGAAAAGGAAGAGGCUGAGAAAAAAGCUAAAAUUGAGGCUGACAAGAAAGCCAAGGAGGAAAAAGCAAGGCUUGAGAAGGAAAAGAAGGAAAAGGAAGAGGCUGAACUGAGGGCUAAAAAAGAAGCAGAAAAGAUUGCGAAAGAGGAAGCAAAACUGAAAGCAAAACAAGAGAUGGAACAGAAAGAGAAGGAAAAAAGGGAACGCGAGGAGGCCGAGUCGAAGGCAAAGAAAGAGGCACAGAAAAAAUUAGAAGAGGAAGCUGAAUUGAGGGCACGCCAGGAAAGAGAAAGGAAAGAAAGGGAAGAGGCUGAGAGGAAGGCCAAAGAAAAGGCUGAAACUGAAGCGCAAGAGGCUGAAAGGAAGGCUAAGAUCGAGGCAGCUGAGAAGGCAAAGAAGGCGGCUGAAAAGCUGGAGAAAGAAAGAAAAUUAAAGGAAGAGCAAGAGAAAAAUUUGCGUCAAGAAAAAGAGAAAAAAGAACGCGAGGAAGCUGAGCGACAGAAGCAAGAGGCUGCAAAGUUAGAAAAAGAGAAACGAGAUAAAGAGGAGGCUGAGAGAAGGUCAAAAGAAGAAAAGGAGCACAAGGAAAAGAUUGAGCGUGAAAAGAUCGAAGCUGAAAAGAAGGCUCAGGAAGAGAAGAAAAAGAAAGAGAGUGAUGAAGCUGAAAGAAAAGCCAGAGAUGAAAAGGAGGCUGAAUUAAAAGCCAAGAAUGAGAGGGAGGAGGCCGAGUUGAAGACCAAAAAGGAAAAGGAACGUAAAGAAAAGGAGGAGGCUGAGAGAAAAUCCAGAGAAGAUAGUGAGAAGAAAGAGGCAGAGAGGAAGGCUAAAGAGGAGAAAGAUAGAAAAGACGCAGAGAAAAAAGCUCAGGAGGAAAAAGAGAAGAGGGAAAAAGAAGAGGCCGCACUGAAGGCAAAGCAGGAGAAAGAACGGAAAGAAAAAGAGGAGGCUGAGAGAAAAGCCAAGGAGGAAAAAGAAAGGGAGGAAGCAGAGAAGAAAGUCAAAGAAGAAAAACUUAAAAAGGAAAAGGAGGCGGCAGAAUUAAAGGCCAAGCAAGAGAAGGAAAAGAAAGAGGAGGCUGAGAGGAAAGCCCGAGAGGAAAAAGAAGCAGAGAAAAAGGCCAAGGAAGAAAAGCUUAAAAAAGAAAAGGACGCAGCAGAAUUGAAGGCCAAGCAAGAGAGGGAAAAGAAAGAAAACGAGGAGGCUGAGAGGAAAGCCCGAGAGGAAAAGGAAAAAGAAGAAGCCGAGAAAAAAGCCAACGAAGAAAAGCUCCAAAAAGAAAAGGAAGCGGCAGAUUUGAAAGCUAAACAAGAAAGGGAAAAGAAAGAGAAAGAGGAGGCCGAAAAACAGCAAAAAGAAAAGGAGGCAGCUGAACUCAAGUCCAAGCAGGAGAGAGAGCAAGCAGAGAAAAAUGCCAAAGAGGAAAAAUUGAAACAAGAAAAGCAAGCUGCAGAACUCAAAGCCAAGCAAGAUAAAGAAGAGGCUGAGCGCAAGGCGAAAGAAGAAAAAGAGAAAAAGGAAGCCGCUGAACACAAAGCAAAGGAGGAGAAGGAGCGCAAAGAGAGAGAAGAGGUCGAAAGAAAGGCAAACGAUGAAAAGGAUAAAAAAGCAAAAGAGGCUGCGGAGCUAAAAGCAAAACAGGAAAAAGAAGAAGCAGAGAGGAAAGCCAGAGAGGAAAAGGAAGCAAAACUGGCAAAGGAAAAGAAAGAAAAAGAAGAGGCUAAAAAGAAAGCCGAAGAGGAAAAGAUUAAGAAAGAGGAGGCUGAGAAAAAAGCCAAGGUGGAGCAGGAGAAGAAGGAAAAAGAAGCAAAGGAGGAAAAGUUGAGAAAAGAAAAAGAGGCGGCUGAACUGAAAGCCAGGCAAGAGAAGGAAGAUGCUGAGAAAAAAGCAAAGGAGGAUGAAGAGAGGAAAGCUAAAGAGAAAGAGGAGAAACUGAAGAAAGAAAAGGAAGAGGCCGAGAGAAAGGCAAAAGAAGAAGCGGAAAAGAAGGAAAGGGAGGAGAAAUUAAGGAAAGAGAAAGAAGCAGUAGAAUUGAAAGCCAAGCAAGAGAAAGAAGAGGCCGAAAAGAAAGCUCAGGAGGACAAAAUUAAGAAGGAAAAAGAGGAGGCCGAGAAGAAGGCCAAAGAGGAAAAGCUCAAGAAAGAAAAAGAGGAGGCUGAGAAAAAAGCAAAGGAGGAAAAAGCACGACAAGAGAAAGAAGCGGCCGAGCAAAAAGCUAAACAAGAGGCCGAAUUGAAAGCGAAGCAAGAGAAAGAGAAGAAAGAGAAGGAAAAGAAGAAGAAAAGAGAAAUGGAGGAGGCUGAGCAAAAGGCCAAGGAGGAAAAAGAAAAGAAGGACAAAGAAGAGGCUGAAAAGAAGGCUGCCGAGGAAAAGAUUCAAGAGGAGAAGUUAAAAGCAGAGAAAGAAUUAAAUGAAAAGAAACAAAAGGAAGAGGCCAAGAGUAAAAUCAAAGAAAAGAAGCUUUCCGGCAAAAAGGCCAAAGAGGAGAGCAAGAAGGCCGAGGAAUCCGUGGCCCGAGGUGCAGACCAGACCACCUCGCGCAACGUGGAUGUCGAAAUUCCCCUGAUGAGUGAGACCCAGUUGGCGGCCGACGAGCUGCAGAAGAACAAGGAGGACCUCAAGGAAAAACUGGUCGAGCAACGACGCAGGCGGCGGAACGAGUCAGAGGAGCCGAGUUCGGAGGCGGACGGCCCCGUCCGGCACUUCGAGCGGCGCCGCUCCCGCGACUACACGGCCCACGAGCAGCCCGACGAAAACGGCGCCGCGGUGGAGUCGGGCAGAGUCCGACGCCGCUCAAGGACGCCGUCGGUCGACCUGUCCGAGGUCAACGGAAACGGCGUGAGGAGACGGUCGCGAACGCCCGCCAUUGAGUCGCAGGCCUCGGAGGACAAGCUUGGCUACUCGGCAACAGUUUCCUCCAUGCAGAGGGUGCGAAGACGCUCCAGGGACGAAAGCAGCUUGGCCGACGCGCCCGAACUCCCUGCCGACGCCAGACGAAAGCCCAAGAGAGAUCAAAGCAAGAAGCCACACUUCUGCUCACGCCUCACAGACCGCACGACUCAGGUCGGCUCCAGGGUGAAAUUGACCUGCAGUGUCCUCGGAACUCCCGACCCAACCAUCCAGUGGUUCUUCGAGGACAAACUGAUAAAUUCACGGACUUCUCCCAACUACGUAAUGUCCAAUGCUGAUGGAUUAGUAACUCUUGAGAUCAAAAGUGCCACUUUGGAGGACGCCGGAUUGUUCACAUGCGUUGCCAAAAAUGAGGCCGGAGAGGAAAAAUCGGCCGCCGAAGUUAAAAUUUUUGAAGGGUACGACCCUCAGCCCUCGGUGCCGACCUUCACCCGCUCCAUUAAAGACGUUUAUCACUCGACCAUGGACGAAUUGGUGCUCGAGUGCAGACUCCGCUGUCCAGUUGCUCCUGAAGUGACUUGGCUCAAAAACGGCACCACCAUUCCCAAUUCGGAAAGGUACUACCACGAGGUCAUACCUGACCCGCUGGGUGGUGGUGCCCUCUCUUGCAGACUUGUCAUUGGAAAUCCGCAAACAACAGACUCCGGACACUACGUCUGCAGAGCCGAAACCAGCUCUCACAUUGAAAACACAUUUGCUGACAUUAUUUACAAAGCGCGAGAAAAGCCGGUCAGAAAAUCCAACCAGUCUUCUCUCUGCCUCUCGGAGGACAGUUUGCCCUUUGAGUGCAAACCAUUCAUCAUGUCUCCUCUGGACGACUACGAAAUUGGUCUGGGAGGAACCUUCUCCCUCCAGGUUGAAGUCAAAGGCAAGCCAAGACCGCAAGUGGUUUGGCUGCACGAGCAGCAGGAAGUUCCUCCGUCGCCCAAGAUCAAAACCUUCGAGGAAAGGGGCAUCUUCACCCUGAAAAUCAUGAACGCCACCCCUGCCGAGGCGGGUCUGUACACGUGCAGGGCGUUCAACUCGCUCGGAAUUUCGGACACCAGCGGACUUGUCCGCAUCGUGGCGCGACCUGGACGCAACGACCACCCCGCCCUGUUCGUCGAGCGUCCCGAGAACACCCUGGGAGUGGCGGUCGGCGAGGACAUCACCGUCUCCUUCCGUGUCAGUGGAGACCCCAAACCGCAAAUUAUUUGGAUGAAGGGAACAAGAGACAUCUCAAAACACCAGAGGGUCAUGAAGGAAACGGUCAACGAUUACGUGCGACUCACCUUAAGCAGGGCCAUGGCCUCUGACGCAGGCACCUACUGCAUCAUGGCCAGGAACAUCUACGGCGUCGACAGGGCCUUCGUCACCGUCAGGAUUCGGCAGAGGGCGAGGUCGCUGACCCCGGACAUCACGCCGACGGACACUCUGCUGCUCUUCAGGGACAUCAGGGACGCGAAGGAUAUGCGAGCCCUGAGAGAUGUUCCUGGAGCUGUUGGGUCUGUGCCAGCAGUCACUGAGAGUGGCAAAAAUUGGAUCACACUCACUUGGAAGAAGCCGCUGCCGAAGGACUCGGGAAAGGCUCCAGUCACCGCCUAUCGCGUUGACGCCUGGCUACUUGGUGGCGGAGCAACCUGGGAAGAGUUGGGAGUCACUCCUAUCAACAGCUUUGAUGCGUUCAAUCUCAAAGCUGGCAGUGAGUAUAAGUUUAGAGUGACCCCGCGCAACCGCUACGGCUGGGGUGAGCCUGUGGUGUCCCACGGCUCCUUCGUCGUUGGCAAGAAGGUCGACAUGCCCGAGUUCACGCACAUCCUACCAGGUCAGCAGAAGGUGCUAAUCGGCAGUGACGUCAGGCUCGAGUGCCAAGUCAAGGGUGAGCCCGAGCCUGAAAUCCAGUGGUACAAGGACGGCGCCCCUCUCGACCCAGACUCUUUUGAUCAUCGAAUGAGAAUCACUUUCGACGGCGCCAGGUGCGUCCUGAACCUGAAAACGGUGCAGGAUUCUGACACUGGCCGCUUCAUGUGUGAGGCGUCCAACAAGGCUGGACGCGUGUCCACAUUUGCCAGACUGCUCGUUGUGACUGACAUAAAGAUCCUCGAAGCCGACUUGAAACUUCGACAGGGUCUCUUGGAUGAUGCCCCUGUUACCGAGUCGGCGCCUCAUUUCACAAUGCGUCUUCGUGACCGACGCGUCCAGAUGACCUAUCCUGUCCGCCUGACCUGCCAGGUCAUUGGCUAUCCCACGCCAGAAAUCACCUGGUACAGGGACAUGGAGCCCAUAACUUUCGGAGAACGAUACAGCAAGUCCACCUCCGAAGCCUUCCACACUCUUGAAAUCCAGCACACUUUGGAAGAAGAUUCUGGAGUUUAUUCGGCAACAGCUCGCAACACACACGGCUCAAUUUCUUGUCGGUGCCGCCUGGUUGUAGACAAGGGCAUCAGGGCCUACAUUGCUCCUGUUUUCAUCUUUGGCCUGGAGCACCGGGAGAUUAAGUUGGGAGGAGACAUCCGAAUCUGCGCCCAGGUGGAAGCUUAUCCCACAGUUGGAAUCACUUGGCACAGAGAUGGCAUUCGUCUGCGUCCUAGUCGCAGAAUGGAGAUGACUUUGGAUCAUGACGGCAACGUGGAGUUGCGGGUGGCCAACGCUGGCCCCCGGGACGCGGGCAUGUACACUUGCACUGCGGUCAAUGAGGUCGGCAGGGCAGAGAGCAGUGCGCGCGUCCAAGUGCUGCAUCCCUCUGAUUUCAGAGAAACGCCCAGCAUAUCAAUCUCAGACAUGUACUCGAAGGAGCCGAAGUUCGUGACCAAGCCGCGGUCCACCGAGGCGGUGGAGGGCGACACUGUGAUUAUUUUCUGUGAGGUGGUCGGCGACCCCAAACCCGAGGUCGUCUGGCUGCGAGACUGGCUGAGGCCCGAGAUCUACAAGGAUGCACCGCACUUCCACAGAGUAGGUGACGGUCCAGAGUAUCGUUUGGAGAUUCCCUGUGCCAAACUCGACUUCACUGGAGCCUACUCCGUGAUCGCCAAGAACUGCCAUGGGGAAGCCAAGGCUGUGAUCUCUCUGCAGAUCAUUGCCAAGGGAAUGGAGGAGCCCAUUCGAGACCAUCACAGGCCAGUGACUCACAGCAACGUUCAAACGCUUCCCAGCAUCGUCCGAUCGCUGCGAGACCGUCGUUGUUGUGACGGAGAUUCGGUGACGUUUGAAUGUGGUUUGGCGGUGAUACCCGAGCAGUCAGAUAUUCGUUGGGAGAAAGACGGAAAGCCUUUUGUAAUCGAGGGUGAUUUCGUGGCUGAGCAAGAAGGCACAACUGCCAGACUGACCAUUCUACAAGUGUACCCUGAGGACGAGGGCGAAUACACCUGUGUGGUGCGCAACGCACUAGGAAAGAUCACCACAUCAGCGUGCCUCAUUGUUGAUGUGCCCGAGGAGAAGGAGGCUUUGUUGAGCGGCCAACUGUCCAGACCUCCAGGCCUACUAUCCACCGAGUCCACCCCCAGGUCAACACCCCGCACAACGCCGUCCAGGAGCAAGUCGCCGUCCAUGCCAAGGCGCAGCAGGGCGAGAAGCGCCAUCGACCAGGACACUGCUGGCGCCAACGCCGUCAACCGCAGGCAAAGGCUCAAGGUAGCACCACCCAAGUUUUACGCCAUUCCGCACAACAAGAUAGUGGAGGAGGGCGCGACGGUACGGUUCCAGUGCGCCAUUGCAGGACAUCCCACUCCGUGGGUGACGUGGGACAAGGACGGGCUGAUUCUCACACCCUCCAGGAGGCUGACCAUCAAAGAAAAAGACGAUUUGAGAAUCGUGGAAAUCAGCGAAGUCACGCUGGAGGACGCCGGUCUUUACAGGGUCAGUCUGGAGAACGACGUCGGCAGGAUCGAGGCCAGUGCCCGCCUCGACGUUAUCGGUCCCGUUGGGUCGCGACGUAGCGUGCGGGCCUGGUCUGCCUCUCCGCGCACCUCACCCUCGUUCCAUCGACGCCUGGCGCACACCACCGGCCGAUACGGCGGACGCGUCACCCUCGCCUGCGAACUCAGGGGGUCGCCCAGUCCUGCGCCCACGUGGUACAAAGACGGCGAGCAACUGAUGGCGUCCGAUCGCGUUUCCGCGUCCUUUGACGGGCAGACGGCCAAGCUGACGCUCGACAGACUUCGAGUGAGCGACGCCGGCUCGUACUCGUGUGAGGCGCGCAGCGAAAUGGGCAGCGUCAACUGCACCGCGUGCCUCGAGAUUACUGACGUGCCCGACUCCUUCCCGGCACCCACCUUCGAGCCGAGUCUGCAGGACACGCAGGCCACUGAGGGUCAACCUGCCGAAUUGGCCGUCAGGCUCAAUGGUCCACUUCCCCCCGACCUAGAAGUGAAAUGGCUGAGACAAGGACGACCACUACCCAACUGCGAGGAUUUCAGGUACGUCAACCUGGGCAAAGGCAUGUAUGCCCUUCACCUGGCCGACCCCUUCGUCGAGGACUCUGGCAUAUACACUUUUGAGGCGGAGGGCCUCUUUGGAACAAUCGCCUCGUCAGCGCGCCUCCAAGUGGCUCCAGGAGUGGCUGCUACAGAGGAUGCCGAGAAUCGGGUCAGUGACGCUGCCAGUAACCAAAACAACAACCCUCAAGUACCUGAUGGCAAACAAGUCAUAACAGAACAGUCAAAGAGUCCCCUCAUGACAAAUGGCUCGACUCCAAAAGAGCUGACAAACGGAAACCACUCUUCGAAGGAAAAGAGGGAUGACAGUCCAGCCAGGGUCACACAAGGACCGAGGGAUUCGACAGCCCUGCGAGGUGACAAUGUCACCCUGAAGGCGCUCUACUCUGGUCACCCUGAGCCAACUGUCCGUUGGCUAAGAGCUGGAAGGGAGCUUCGUCAGGAGAGCAGUCGAGUGGCAAUAACAACUAAAGACGGUCAAUCGACAUUGACGCUGAUGAACAUCACCGCUGACGACUCUGGCAAAUAUGUUGUGGCAGCUCACAACCCUCAUGGGUCCCACUGUCAUUUUGCAUCAUUAGCAGUGGAAGGUGCUCCGGACCCUCCCAGCGGAUGGCCGACAGUGACUGUGACCGGUGCCAGCAGCGCGGUGCUAGCCUGGGGCAGCUCACCUUAUGACGGCGGCCGCAAAGUCAUCAGCUAUAGAGUAGAACUGAGAACAACUGGCGGUGAAUGGAACAUUGUUGCUGAAGAUUGCAACGCUUUGUCUUACACACUGAGAGACUUGAUUCCCGGACAGCAGUACUCAGUCAGGGUGUCCGCCAAGAACAUUCACGGCUUCAGCCACCCAGGGCUCGAAUCAACCCCGUUCACUCCUGCGGAACUUGUUCCGAGGAAAAUGAGUACGGUUGAGGAUGAAGAGGAGAUUGACGACGAGGACUCUUUGAUCUUCUCCGACAAAGUGGAGAUCGACCGAACCGAGAACGGCUUUGGCUCCAAGUACCACACACACGAGGAGCUGGGCAAGGGCCGGUUUGGCACCGUAUUCAAAUGCACAAAGGUGGCCACUGGCCAGAAAAGGGCAGCAAAGGUUGUGAGAUGCAUCAAAGCCAAGGACAGGGAACAGGUGUAUGAGGAGAUAGACAUCAUGAACUGUUUGAGGCACCCCAAGCUGUUGCAGCUGGAGGCAGCUUUCGAGACUUCUCGAGACAUAAUCUUAGUGACUGAAUACGUUACGGGUGGUGAACUUUUUGAAAGGGUUGUGGCCGACGACUUCACCCUCACCGAGAGGGACUGCAUUCUGUUCAUGAGACAAAUCUGCGAAGGCGUCCAAUACAUGCAUAGUCAAAAUAUAGUGCACCUCGAUUUAAAGCCUGAGAACAUUAUGUGCCGCACACGAACGUCCCAUCACAUCAAACUAAUAGAUUUCGGACUGGCAAAAAGGCUGAUAGGAGACGAACCAGUCAGAGUCUUGUUUGGCACUCCGGAGUUUGUGCCACCUGAAGUUAUUAGUUACGAGCCCAUUAGUGUGGCGUCUGAUAUGUGGAGUGUUGGAGUUAUUUGUUAUGUUCUUUUAUCUGGACUUUCACCGUUCAUGGGGGACAACGAUGCGGAAACUUUCGCAAACACGACGAGAGCCGAUUUUGAUUUCGAAGACGAAGCGUUCGAUGCGAUAUCUCAAGAUGCAAAAGACUUCAUCAGCGCCCUGCUUGUACAGAGAAAAGAAAAACGAUUAACUGCUAGGGAAUGCCUGAGCCACAAAUGGUUAGCGCACCAAAACAAGACCAAGCAGUAUGUCACCUUGAGCACAGACAAGCUCAAGAAGUUCAUUAUCCGCAGAAAGUGGCAGGUUCGCAGCCGGCAGCCGCUGAGAAGAGCUGGGGCUUAGACGAGGACCAUCCGGCAGCCUCGUGAGUGAAUUCGACCCUGCCCGUUCUGAGAGAAUGAGAGAGAUGUCUACCAAAGCUCAAACUGUUAACAAUUCACCGUAUAAUUAAUUAUUGUAUAAUAGGUGCUAAUCUAUCUGAAAGUGAGAAAGUUUAUACAUGAGAGAUUUGAUGAUAAAAAAAUUAUCUUUUAUUGCAAGGAUAUGCGCAACCAUUCAAAUAAAUUGAAAGUCUAUUUUUGUCUUUUUGAUGAAUGGA